AUGACGUCUUACAGGGAAUUUAUAAUUGGUUUCGUGUCGUGUUAUUACAGUGCUUCUUACUAUAUGCAAUACAUGAUCACUUGGCCGGAAUACAUGAAAAUAGCUGAAUCUCCUGGAUCUGUUUUCGGCGGCCGAAUUAUGGGCUACAUGAUCGCAAAAUCGGAGGGUGUGGGUAAAACAUGGCAUGGCCAUGUAACUGCACUUUCUGUCGCCCCAGAGUACCGCCGUAUGGGCCUUGCAAGUCGCCUCAUGUUGGAUUUUGAGGACACAUCUGAAAGGCGAUGUGUGUUUGCAGAUCUCUUUGUGCGAGCUUCCAACAAGCUGGGCAAUUCCCUGUAUACAAAAUUGGGCUAUGUUAUUUAUCGGCGAGUACUUAGUUACUACUCUGGAGGAGAAGAUGGAGAAGAUGCCUUUGACAUGCGGAAGGCUCUAACUGCGGACAAGAAACGAGAGUCUGUUGUACCGCUGACUAAACCGAUCACAGUCGAUGAAUUAGAAUUUACCUAG